AUGAAGACACAGAAGCCUCCUUGUUCCCAGACACUCACUGUCACUGAGCACGGUACCCUAUACUGUAGGAAGGAACAGGAAUGCAACUCAAAAUCUACAAUAAAAGACAUGCAACAAAAUAAAAGCAUAGACAAUGCAUUUUCAUCUCCCAUACCUCUUUCGACUGAUGACAAAACAGAUAUUGAAAUGUAUAGGACAUUAAAGGCAGAGAUGGACCAACAAAGAGUAAGAUUCAAGAACUCUGUCUAUCUAAAGCUAGAGAAAUCAACAUGUUACAGGGAAGCACACUUACAGAAGGCCAAUCCCACUGAUACACAAAACAAUAGGUCAGGCUACACAAUGGAAAUGAAUGUGCAACAGACCAAGGAAGAGGUUGCAGUGGAGACAAUAAACCUCAUGUUGCCGAAAAAUAAAGAAGAGAAGAUGCAGGGAAGUAAAGAUGGACCAGGGGUGCUUAUGACCCAAACUUCUAAUUCAUUACCAUCUCUCUCUCUCCUCAAAUGGAAUAAAGAAAUGCAGAGACUAUCAUAUGCAGGGGAGAUGGUGCAUAUUGAGCCAAUUAGUGGGGAUAUCACGGAAAAUGUUCAAAACAAGAAACAACAUAUGCGUCAGGAAGAAGAGACAAACAGAGAAAAAACAGUAGCUAUGAGAGGUAUGACACAUGCUGCAGAUAUAAGUAUGAAGUCAAAGGAAUCUCCUUCUUCGUAUACACUCCAUAGAACAGAAUUGCUCAUGAACAUUGAAAGUCAAGGACAGAAGGUACAUGAAGGUCAAGGUAGAGUGCUAAGGAAAGUUCAUAUUUCCAAACCUCCAACUGACCUCAAAUUAGAUAAAGGUACUCAAGUAGAGGAAGAAGAACUUGGAAUUAAAAGACCCACUCUAUUUCCACAAAUGGUUUCAGCAUUAUCCGAUGCAGAGAAAACAGAAGAUACAGAGACAAUCGGUGGUGAUGUAAGAAAAAGAAAACACCUAUCACAGAAAGAAAAGGACAGAGAACAAAACAGAACCAAAGCUGACCAAGACUUGCUUGAAAUUACAGGGUUUUCUUUUUCACAAGUACAGCUCCCUGAGUCCUCAGGGGAAGGGAACAACAGUUAUGCAAAUUUCAAUGAACAUAUCAGCUCAUGUAAUACAAUAGUAGAAGCUAAUCAACAUAUGUCAUAUACAGACAUAAUGGACAGAGUAAAAAUAAAAGAAGGGAAAGGUAGACUACUUCCCCAAAUAAUGACUUUGAGAAUACAGACAUCCCCACCUACACAUCUGCUCAGUAAGAAAAGACAACCUUUGAAUAUUAAACAGAAGGUGGAAGAUACACAGAAGGACAAAGGUAAGCCAGACAUGGUUCUGAGGAGAGCCUGUGCUUCCUUACCUUCUCCUUUUCACCUGAAAUGGGACACUAGAAUGAAUGAACAGGAAGACACACUAGGAACAACACAACCCUGUUUUCCACCGUUAAAUAUUAAACAUUCAUCCUAUUCAGGCAAAAAAGCAUAUGCUAUGUCACUUGAAG